AUGGAUUUUCAUUCAUUGAUGGGUCAAGCUUCAAAUAUGAUGUUGGGCAAACGAAAUGAUGAUAGUCUUUCAGAUCGACUUAAUUAUCGUUAUUCUGUGUCAAUUUUGAUUGUAUUAGCAAUAAUUAACAUGAAUCGUCUUUAUACAGAUCAAAUCAAAUGUUGGGUGCCAGCAUUCUUUACGCCGAACUACGACGAAUAUGUACGAUCGGUAUGUUUCGUACAAAAUACUUAUUAUGUUAAACAUGACGAUAAAACGCCGAAAACAUUUCAAGUUAAAAAAGAAAAUGAAAUCUUAUACUAUCAAUGGAUUCCAUUUGUUCUUUUAAUCAAAGCAUUUCUAUUCUAUAUUCCACGUAUAUCAUGGAAUACACUCGGACUGAAAAGUGGUAUACAAGUAUCCGAUCUUGUCGAAUCAUCAUUCGAUUAUAAACUUCCAACAGCUGAUGCAACACACCGCCAAAUGUGUUUAGACUAUGUUGUUGAUAGUAUUGAUCAAUACUGUAAUGAUCAUCGGCGACAAAGCGAAGAACGGAUUCAUGCCAAUAUAUUUCAACGUAUUUUAAUAACUGGCUGGUGUAUGAGUGGAAAAUAUCUUGGCAACUAUCUUGUUGUGUUAUAUAUGACAACGAAAUUCAUGUAUAUAGUUGUAUCGGUAUUACAAAUAUUUCUUCUGAGUGUUAUGUUAGGAUCAAAUUUUGCACUCUAUGGUAUACAAGUACUAGAUCGAUUUUUUCGAGGUGUUCAUUGGGAUACAGAAUCACGUUUGUUUCCAAAGACAACGCUAUGUGAUUUUACAAUUCGUGAAUUUGGUCAUCCAAAGCGUUCUCACGAUUAUACGGUUCCUUGUGUUUUACCAUUGAAUCUAUUUAAUCAACAAAUGUUUACAUUUCUUUAUUUCUGGUACGCAAUUGUUAUUCUACUUAAUAUUUGUGAUUUCAUCCUGUGGUCAUAUUCUAUUACACCAAGAAAUCGUCUCGACUUCAUUCGUAGGCGUCUACAUACAAGAAAGCAUUCGUCAAUAAAGGAAAUGCAUGAUCAAUCAAAGAUUAUUGAAUUUACUCAUGGGUAUCUUGAAGCCGAUGGAUUUUUUAUUUUAUCAUUGAUAAAAGAGAAUAGCUCUGAUUAUGUCGCAGCGGAAAUUGUUUAUCGUUUAUAUACAGAAAAAUUUCUAAGGAAAUAUCACAAUAAGAUAACAACCGCAGCCAUCUAUGAUCAUAUAAAUGGUCAAAACGAGAAUGUUUCGAAACGACGCCAUCUUUGUUCAUUGAUUUGUUAA